CUCUCUCUCUCUCUCUCUUUCUCUCUCGCGUGUUCAGUUGUUCCUCCCUAUUCCUAAUUCCUAAAUCCCAUUUUCAGUUUUGGAGUUUGAAUGAACCCUAAGUCCUAAGCACCACAACCAACUAACCGUACUCUCACUCUCUCAACUCCGAUCGCAACCUUAACUCAAUUUCGCGUUCCUUUCUCGGUACUCUCUUCUCUUCGCUAACGCAUCUUCUAUUCUUUUUCCUUCCAUGCGUUAGCAGAUUCACUUUACCUUACGCUAAUUCAUUUUAUUUUUCAUUCUCUAUGUCCUUCUACUCCCUCCAUCCACUCUCUGCUUUUAAUUUCUGUUUUGAUAUAUUUUUCUAUUAUGCUUUCUGCUGAAGGGGUUACAAUUCCAGACAUUUUAAUUAAGGAGCACUGAGUGCGUCUGAUUAUGAAUCGUCACGUUCUAUGUGGGAAUUUUUGUUUGCAGAUUUGACUUGAGUUGAUUGGGCCUCAAGAUCGGUUUACGUGCUUGGACUUGGGAUUUUAUGCUCCAAAUAGGGGGAACAACCCGGAAUGGUGAUGGAAUUUUGAGCAAAAACAGUUCUCAAAUUCUUGCUUUUUCGUUGUUGUUUCUAAUUCGUUGUUUCUGGAUGAAGUAAUAUCUGGGAAUUUAACAGUGGAAGUUCAUUGUGGCAGGGGAGAGGAGAGCUAAAAAUUGGACUACAAAUGAACGCUGAUUAUCCAUAUUUGGUUGUCUUCACUCGUCAUUGGAACUAUGAAAGUUGAUUAAAGUGUCAAAAGCGAGGCCAAGGUAUGAUGAGUGAAGCCUAUGCUAUUUCUGCUUUAUAAACUCAAGAUUUAGUUUACCAAGUACCAUGGAAGCAAAUGGGAUCGUUCAUGAUACUAGCCUAGGAGCGGUGAGAAGGGAUAAGAGAGAGGUAGGAGAGAAAUCGAUGGAGGAUUUAACUAAAUAUGCACACAGUCCUGCACACUUGGCAGUUGCCAGGCGCGACCAUGCUGCCCUACGGCGCAUUGUUUCUGCCCUGCCUCGCCUUGCUAAGGUUGGUGAGGUCACCACAGAAGCUGAAUCUCUUGGUGCUGAACUUCAAGCCGAUGAGGUCUCUGCUGUUAUUGAUCGCCGUGAUGUCCCUGGUAGGGAGACCCCUCUUCACCUUGCAGUGCGUCUCAGGGAUCCGGUAUCUGCGGAGAUUUUGAUGGCUGCUGGUGCGGAUUGGAGUCUGCAGAAUGAGCAUGGUUGGAGUGCUCUCCAAGAAGCAGUGUGCACUAGAGAGGAAGCGAUUGCUAUGAUUAUUGCACGGCACUAUCAGCCUCUAGCUUGGGCUAAGUGGUGUCGUAGACUUCCCCGGAUUGUUGCUUCGGCAUCUCGUAUUCGUGAUUUUUAUAUGGAGAUAAGUUUUCAUUUUGAGAGCUCUGUCAUUCCUUUUAUUGGGCGUAUAGCCCCUUCAGAUACUUAUCGAAUUUGGAAGCGUGGUUCUAAUCUCCGUGCUGAUAUGACCCUUGCUGGUUUUGAUGGCUUACGCAUCCAACGGUCGGACCAAACAUUUUUGUUCCUUGGAGAGGGCUAUGCUUCCGAGGACAGUAAUUUAACCCUGCCACCUGGUUCUUUGAUUGCUCUUUCUCAUAAGGAGAAGGAAAUCACAAAUGCUUUGGAAGGAGCUGGUACACAGCCAACAGAGGCUGAAGUUGCUCAUGAAGUUUCCUUGAUGUCUCAGACUAAUAUGUAUAGACCAGGUAUUGAUGUUACUCAGGCUGAGCUUGUUCCCCAUUUAAAUUGGAGGCGUCAAGAGAAGACUGAGAUGGUUGGGAAUUGGAAGGCAAAAGUUUAUGACAUGCUUCAUGUGAUGGUGAGUGUGAAGUCAAGGCGGGUUCCAGGUGCCAUGACAGAUGAAGAGCUUUUUGCUGUGGAGGAUGGAGAAAGCAUGAUAAAUGGGGAAAACAAUGAUGAGUAUGAUGAUGUAUUGACAGCUGAGGAAAGAAUGCAAUUAGAUUCUGCUCUACAUAUGGGGAACUCUGAUGGUACUUAUGAGGAUGAGGAACAUGGAGCAUUUGAUGGUCAAGAAAAUGGUUCUGUAGCUUCCUGUGAGAAUUCUGAAGCUAACGGUGUGGUUAAAGAAAAGAAGAGUUGGUUUGGUUGGAACAAGAAAAGUUUGAAGAGUAGCAGUGACGACCCUGAGGAUUCCAAAACUGUGAAAAAAAAUUCCAAGUUUGGCUCAGAAGGUAGCAAUCAGAGAUCAGGUGAUCAGCAAAAGCUAGCAUCUGAAUUUCAGAAGGAGGAUAGUGGAGACACUAAGAAGGGGAAAGAUAAAAACAUUAAAAAGAAGAAGAAGAAAGGAGUAAACAGUGAGUCAAAGAAUGAGAGUGAGUACAAAAAGGGUUUAAGACCUGUCUUGUGGUUGACACCAGACUUCCCUUUGAAAACUGAGGAGCUUCUACCUCUACUUGACAUCUUAGCAAAUAAGGUUAAGGCUAUUAGAAGACUCAGGGAGCUUUUGACAACUAAGCUUCCUCAUGGAACUUUUCCUGUCAAGGUUGCCAUCCCGAUAGUCCCUACUAUCCGGGUGCUUGUAACUUUUACGAAAUUUGAGGAGCUUCAGCCAGCAGAGGAAUUUUCAACUCCACUCUCCAGUCCAGCACAUUUUCAGGAUGCUAAAUCGAAGGAAUCAGAAGGGUCUAGUUCAUGGAUUUCAUGGAUGAAAGGAAGUCGCGGGGGGCAGUCCAGUGAUUCCGAUAGUCACAGAUAUAAGGACGAAGUUGAUCCUUUCAACAUACCUGCAGACUACAAAUGGGUUGAUGCCAGUGAGAAGAAACGCCGAAUGAAGGCAAAGAAAGCCAAAAGUAAGAAACAUAAGAAGCAGACGGUGGCAAAAAGUGGAGAUGCGGUGCAUCAGGGGACUGAGGACAUAGAAGAAUAAUAGUAGUAUCGUGGUUUGUUAUCUCUGGCUAAAAUUGCGGCUUUGAUAAUUGUUGCCAGAGAGGGAGUCUUUGUGCACAGUCACUGCUGACGUUACAGUUCAACAUUGGAGGUUUCUCCAAGAAUUUACUAGAAAUUUCUUGGGCUACCAAUUGUUAUUAGUUAAGAAAAAGGUGCCUUUAUUUUUUUUUUCUUUUUUCCGUUUCGCGAAGAAAGCUUUAUCUUCUUGAAAUUGCUGUAUUGCCUUGUCAAGAGAAAUUGAAGAGCGAGAGUCGAUUGCUCCUUCAAUUGCUUGGCUUCAUUCUAAUUGUCGUUAGAUACUAAUAUUUGUAUCUACCCUUAUGUCGAUGAUUAUCGAUUUUACAUUUUCGUGAGUGGUAAUUUGUAGUCUUCGCUGUUAUUUCAAGAUUUUGGAUGACGCGUUAAAAGGACGGACUUAACCCGCAGUAAAGUUUGUUCAUACGUUUUAUGUAUUGAUUGAAUUAAUAUAUUCGGAAUUCAAAUUUUGGUGUCAAAAUCUUGGUCCGAGCUUUUUGUUGAAGAUGUCUAAAUAGACUCUUCAUUUAUACAAAAUCCUAGCCUGAAAAUUUGCUUUGAUUAGUAAAUUAAGACCUAAAGCCCAUUGUGAAUUGCCCGCAAAUCUUCCAGGAACUAGGAAGUAUACUUAGCAAUCGAAACAUCAUAAUCGUAAUAACGGACAAGAAGUGUUUCCAAAUUUGAUUCCUCCAU